UGCGUUUUUGUGGAACAACAAUCAACUUCGCCACUUUCGUGACAACACAAAAAAAACAAAUUCACAACUUCGUUUCCUCCGCUAACAACAAGAAAGCCACACAAAGUCCCACUAAAUUCCGAUGCAUCUCUCAUUAUCUCUAACAUCGUGUUGGUAAGGCCUUAAACAGCCGUCCGUCUAAGAGACAGAAGAACAGUUAUUAGCUGCUGCAGGAGGCUCGACCAGAGCAGAAGAACUAGCUGGUUUUGCCACAACCAAAAACUCCCAAAAACUCGCAAGUUGAAUUGAGGUUGUUGAGCUUCUGGGUGAUUGCUUUUAAUGGCUGUUUGUUCAAGUGCUUUAUGCUUCAUUGGUGGGUUUGCUUCGUAUCCAGCUAAUCCAGUCAAGUUCUGUCGUCGGCCGGUCAGAGCAUCUGGGUUUUGCUUCCAACCACUGGUUUCAGUGCCUCGGCUGAGUGUGCAAGGAAAAGCAAUUUCAGGUGAUGGGUCAUCUGAAACAAAUGAUUCCCCCCUUGUGGUUUGUUUUGGUGAAAUGCUGAUUGAUUUUGUCCCAACAACUAGUGGGCUUUCACUGGCUGACGCACCUGCUUUUAAAAAGGCUCCGGGAGGUGCACCUGCAAAUGUCGCUGUUGGCAUAGCUCGCCUUGGUGGCUCAUCAGCUUUUAUCGGGAAGGUAGGAGAAGAUGAAUUUGGAUACAUGCUUGCUGAUAUAUUAAAGGAGAAUAAUGUGAACAAUGAAGGAAUGCGGUUUGAUCCUGGUGCACGAACUGCUUUAGCGUUUGUUACAUUGAGGAGCGAUGGGGAGCGUGAAUUCAUGUUUUAUCGCAAUCCCAGUGCUGACAUGCUGCUUCGAGAAGCUGAACUUGAUUAUAAUCUAAUUAGGAAGGCAAAAAUCUUCCAUUAUGGUUCCAUUAGUCUUAUUACAGAACCAUGCAAGUCAGCCCACAUAGCUGCAGCAAAAAUUGCGAAGGAGGCUGGUGUGGUUCUGUCCUAUGAUCCCAACCUGAGGCUUCCACUUUGGCCUUCCGCAGAGAGUGCCAGAGAGGGGAUUUUGAGCAUAUGGGAGACUGCUGAUAUUAUCAAGGUAAGUGAAGAAGAGAUUUCCUUUCUAACUAAAGGUGAAGAUCCGUAUGAUGAUGCUGUUGUUCGUAAAUUGUACCAUCCGAAUCUCAAGUUGCUCCUUGUCACUGAGGGCCCAGAUGGUUGCAGGUAUUACACAAAGGGGUUCAGUGGCAGAGUCAAGGGUUUGAAGGCGGAUGCAGUAGACACUACUGGUGCUGGGGAUGCUUUUGUUGCUGGAAUACUAUCACAGCUAGCAGUUGAUUUGUCCUUGCUCCAGGAAGAAGACCGACUAAGAGACGCUCUAAAAUUCGCCAAUGCAUGUGGUGCCCUGACUGUGAUGGAGAGAGGCGCCAUUCCAGCUUUGCCAACUAGAGAAGCUGUCCUAAACUCGCUCCUCAAAUCUGUUGCUUAAGCUGGCCUCCUUGUCUAUCGAAGUAGGUAAUAGUUUUUAAGAUCCUUGCCAAAUCUUUGAAUUGGCAACUAAUAAUUCUUGAGAGCACGGUAGUAUGAGAACUAAAAUGAUUCGGUUGUCAUCGUCUCUGAUUCAUGUUUUUGUAAAGGUAGCCUAGCUGUACGAGAACUUUUGCAUCCUACUGGCAAGAUGGUUCCACUUGUUUCACAUCACCAUACUGCAAACUCUAUUGACGGAUAAAAUCAAUGUGAUAGCCCAAUUACUUUAUGCAUCUAA